CGCGCAUAUUAAAAAAGCAAAUCUGAGUGGCCCUACAAUGAUUCCUAAAUGACAUGGGGAUUGCUGUGGUUGCUGUUGCUGGGCUAUUAACUAUUGGUGCAGUGUAUUUUUCUUCUAACAAUGGGGGAAUGAAUAUUACUGAGGAAGAAAAUGGCGUCUUAAGUAGAAAAACACGGAGUUCUGAAGAAGUUUGGGUGGAAGAAAUUCCCGAAGUACAGUUGGAUUAUGUGAUAUCAGGCGACACAUAUCCUAAAAAGGUCGAUGCAGGUAGUGUACUAGAACAUGCUUGGGUGCUACGCUACAAGGUAGAACCAGAACAUACAGCAAUCAACGUAUCCUUUGAGGUGGAUCUUCCAUGCAGUACAUUUGACCAAGAUACCUUGGACAUCACUCUUCAGAGCUAUGCUCUUGACGUCAAUGUGGGGAACCAGACCAACAUUACUGAAGAAGUGAAGAUUCUGUACAUAGACCAUGAUCCAGUUGAUGAAAAGCUGUACCUAGGAAUUGAUAUCUCUGAGCUUAUGUGGAUCAACUUGACUGAGCCUUGGAAAAAACCUGACUGUUGGUGGCGCCCUUCAUAUCCGUAUUGCUAUGAUGCUUUGCAUUCCGAUUGUGUGUUCUAUGAUCGGUCACCAGACCAAACAUGGGACCCAGAGUACUGCUAUCGGUUCCCAGUAUCAUCCUGCCUACCAUGGAAUGUGACCUCAGAGUGUUACCAUGUCAACACAACAGCCUGCCUGGAGGAGCUGCUUAAUGCUGCAGAACAACCUCAAAAUAUGUUGUGUCCGACAGAUAUUAACGAAACUGAUUGCAUCCAAAUCAACGAUCGUGGAAUAUUCUUCACUCAAUAUGACUUCAGUGUACCAACCUCUGCUCCAAUUCCUGAGACAUACGAGAAAGAUUUCUGUGGCAUGACAAUGGAGAGUAUCUGGUUGGCAGAAGAGACUGUAAAUGGUCGCCAAUAUACAUAUGACGUGACCAUUAAGGAGGAAGACGAAGAUGGUUGUACCCGUGUUAUUAUGAGGAUCAAGCCUAUCAUUACAACUCCAGCACCAACUCACAACCCAUUCAAAGCUCUACCCAAGACAGAUAAGUUCUUCAGUGCCAAGUACUGCUUAAAUGUCAACACUACUGGAUUUUAUUACCCCCCUCCUGAACCAAUUGAUUGGAAGGACUUCAACAUUUCUGUCAAGUUCUCUGGUAAAUUAUUAAACUAUGUUGAAGUUAGCCAAAUUCUAGUAUCAACUGUUACAGCCAAUAUUACACAAAGCACCAAGCCAUUCAAUCAAACAACCCAGGCAGUUGCUAUCCAGGAAGUGGCUAUUAGAAAUGCCUUAAUAUGGUUUCGCAACAUUCCAACAUUUUCUGAGGCUAAAUUUGCUCUGAAACAUGAACUCAUUGCUCAUGCGGUGGUCAUCUACAACACUGAAGCAUUCAACCGUGGGGUGGUCAUCACGCUUGACGUUCCACAACUUGAUGGUGUGUACUUGGCUAAAUUUGAAAACGUCACACCCGUGUGGAAACUUGGUAGAAACCUGAUAAAAACCUCUGCUAAUGAUAUGUUCAAUUCUACACAUAACAUGGAUGCUGAUGAAAUCACCCUAGACUCAGUCAUAGAUACAUUAGACAAAUAUCACAGCGGAACAAGCCGAGAACAUCCUGAUGUAACCCUUGAGAGGCUGAUAGAACAAGACCCGGAUGGGGAGUAUAUCAUUGUCCAGUAUUCUCUCUCUUUUACACCAUUCAUCUGCGUGGAGACUGGACGUGCCGUUGACCGUGCAAUUAGUAUCUCGUUAAAUUCACGAAUUUUGUCAAGUGUAGUUAAAGAUGAUAAACUUAGAUUUUCUGUAAAAAUGGAUUUCAAAUUUCCAGUAAGGGGAGAAAAGUACUGGGCUAGUUCAUCACGAUCUCUAAUUGUCACUGCCCAGCCAUUUGUACCACUUAUUCCACCAUUGAACAUCACACAGGUACCAGACGCAGAAGAUGACAUCAUAUAUGGGUUUAACUUGUCUCAUGUUCUUGAAUUCUCUAUCAAGGAUAUCUGGAUGAAUGUGACCUGCCCUGAUUUGGUCAUUAUCCCCAUCACUCUUGAACUGGAUAUCAUCCAUCCAGUGAACAUCACCAGUGAUAGUAACGCUGACAUCAUGACAACUACCAAUCACACAUUUCAUAUCCAUUUCACGGAACUUGCUCCAGAGGUUGUCACUUUAGGCCAGCAGACGUUUCGCCUUGUCAAUAAUGGAAUUGCUCCACAUUACUCAAUUAUCUGUGAGGUAUGGUUGUCCUUCAGAAAGGAGGAACAGGAUACGGUGAUUCCAUAUCUGGCAGGAACCAGUGAAGCUCUAGAGACACCUGGCAUUGUUUACACUUUGUAUGCAAGGGACUUAGUUGAAAAGGAAAUUGAUGUGAUGACAACAAUUGCUGCUCCAGAGAAUGGCACAGUAGAAGAUUACAUGGAUUAUAUCGUAGAUGAUGAUGAUACUGGACCUCUAAACUACCUGAUGCCUGUUGGGUCUAAUGCAACAUUCAUAGUCAAUAUAACCAUGCCAGAAGUAACCUCUCAGAUUGACCUUCAUAUAAUUAUGCCACAUCCUGUGCUAGCCAUCUACUAUUCAAGAAUCAUAUUCAUUGGUUCCAAUAUUGUCAACCUAACCUCGGCAUAUCUUGAAGAUGGAGAUGAAGACAUAGUAUCAUGGGAUAUGUCAACAAGGUCAAAUCUGAAAAUGAAUUUAGGUGAAGCGACAAAUAUAGCUGAUAACCUACAAAGUGAAAAUGACAGUACUGUGGUCGAGUUUAAUGUUGUUCUUCUGGAUGAAAAAGAUGAAGCUGUGAAAGACACAGAGCAUACAUUAACGACUGUAGUAACAUACACUAAUGGAGAAGAUUUGAUACAGCAGCAAACCAUUACAGUAACUGAACCAGAUAUCCACUUGCAUCUGAAGGUGGCCAAUGCUAGCACGGAUGCUGACCCUGGUGAAAUAUUUCAGUACUACUUAAGAGUAAAUCAUUCAGAUGUAUCACAAUCAGCUGCCCAUCAUAUAAAUGUCAGUAUUCUCUUACCUUAUAUGAAGAUCUACAAACAUUUCCUUCCUUAUGAAAAUUCAAGAAUUCCGCUAAGAGAUCAACUGUCAGAACAAGGAAAACUACUAAAUGAUGAGAUCCUGAAGCUAUAUAUCUAUAAACUAGACCUGAAUGAAGUCAUUGAAGGCACAUUCCUUGUGCAAAUUUCUACCAAGCUAAUGGAAGGCAUUUGCUUACAGGCUCAAGUGAAAUAUGAAAUGGUGAGCUUUUACCACUGGGGUAGGUAUUAUCCUUACACAACCGUAAGUGAAAAUGUCCUCAAUAUCCGAAAUGCAUCUCUCAAAUUUAUCGGAACAUCUCUUCCCGAUACACCUGAUAAGGAAGUUGCCAUCAAUGAACAACUUACCUACCGACUUAUGGUCCCUCUACCUCCAAUCACGUGCAACCUCACAAUGGAAAUGUACCUCCCACGUCGAAAUGUAACUCGAAAAAUAUGGGAAGUGCAACAGAUCCAGAAAAACAUACCGGAGGUACUGCCAAUUGAAGAUACUUUUUUUGACAACGGAUGUUAUGCAGAGAUGCGGCCGUGUUUUUGUUAUGGAGAAAAGAAUGUAUCAUUUGAUGCCAGCUUUAUAAUCUCGCAGUUUUCUUGCCAGUUGAAGACUGACCAACUUUGUACUAAUGUGACAGAUAGAGACACGGGGAAAAGCAAGAUCACAGAUUGCGAUUUUCUUCCACAUGUCUAUGAAGCAUGUCAGAACACUUCGAAAAAGCUCUGCCUUCAAAAUCCUAAUGUAACCAGUUACCUGCAAACAGCAUCAGACUUCCAUGGAAUGACAUGCAAUGUGUCGACCAGUAGCAGUAACAUGAUGAAUGGCAUAAUUAAUUUCAAUGGAACAUCAUUCAACCAGUCAUCAGUAUUUUGGAAUUCAUCGAUUCCUUGGAAUACAUCGCUUUUUUGGAACUCAUCAAUUUCUUGGAACUUGUCCAAUUGUUCCACUAACUUCACUGUCCCAACAGAUGAAGAAAUCUGUAAGAAUUUCUCUGUCAAUUUUUGCCACAGUGCUAUUUUCAGUGAGUGCAACUGGGCAGGAAUUCCUGGUCAAAAGAACCAGAGUGAUAGUCCUAAUUAUACUCCACAUCCUCUUGAUGAUUAUAUUGGCGAUUGGACUUGUGCAUGUUUAGAAGAAACCAAAAAAGAUGAUGAUUUAGAAGACCCUUUAGAAGGUUUGAACCUCACCAGUAUAUUAGAAGGCAACUACAAUAAGUCACAGAAACCAUAUCAGAUUUGCUCAACACUAUUUGCCAACAAGUCUUUGCUGGCAAAACCUUAUAGAGAUGAAUCUUCUCCAGAGCCCCCUUCCCAAAAUUCAUCAUCAUCUGAAAGUAAUUCAACAACAGAAUUAGGUGCAGAGGAUCAUUAUAGUAUUCCUGAUUUCUGUUUCGAAGAAGUAACUGUUGAGCUUGGAAUGGCAAAGGUUGUGAAUACUUCAAUCACAACCAAUCGAGAUGGUGUUGUUUGCACUUUUGUUGGUGGAAACAAUCACAACCCUUAUCAACCAGGGGUAAAAUACCAGGCUGUUAAUCUUCCAGGUUUUGGUUUAGGAGGUGAUUCUGUUGCUAUUUAUGUAACUAUGGUAAUAUCUGAUGAGGUGGAGAAUAGUCGAGAUGAGACUUUAUAUAUCAAUACAUCAUCUACAUUCAUGUACAUGUCAGUACCAAAACCACCACCUCUUUGGUAUGAAGAAAACUGUACCUGUUCUAAGCCUCUUACUCAAUAUUUUAACGACUUCUAUCCUUUGGAUUGUGCCUGUGAUACGAUGACACUGAUCGGCCAUCGGAGUGAUCUUUGUAACUGCACAUCAACGUUCCAAGAAACUGAAAAGAGCUACUUUGGGGCACCUUCAUGUGACUGUGUUAAUUUCUGUGAAAAGAAUGUACAGUAUUUCCUGAAUCAACCAAUGGUGAAAGAUUUCUCAGAAUUUGAUAACACAGUAUGUGAUUGUGACUCAUACAAGAUAUUUUCAACUGCCAACUCUCAGGAUAACAUUGACUAUCUAACAAGAUGUAGAGAAAUGUACUUUAGAAACUACACUUGUCCAAAUGUCAAUCAUAUUGUCAAGAACACGCAAGAGGAAUGUAAGAAUGUUUCCAAAAGAGAAUGCUGGGAAGUAAAUGUGCUACAGAUGUUGAAUUUGACUUGGUUCUGCCAGUGUUCAUCACAGAAUCUAUUUGUUGAUUCAAACUGCUCUUGUAGUUUUCACAGUUUUCCUGUUUCUUCCAGUGUUGCUAAUUUCUCUAUCAUACAGUGCCAGAGGUCAGUGGUAGACACAUCUACUUACCAUGGUGAUCCUUCAUUGUGUGAUUGUGGGAACGUAACUGAUGCAAAUUUCAAACCAUGUUACUGUCACGAUAUAUGUACAGUCAAUGUUACAAAUGCCUGCAACACUUUCAAUGUCACAGAAUGUGAAGAUGUUGUAUACUCAAAAGAGUACAUAGUCAAUGAUGGCUAUUGUUCAUGUGAGAAAGUUUUCACAGUGAAUUAUACAAUUCAGGAUGCCUUGAAACGAUACCAAUUACAGAAAAAUGGAACCUAUACAAAUCAGAGUAGUGUCACCCAAGAUGUUACCUGUGAGCAUAAUGUAACUUCUGAAUAUGGAACUAAUACCACUGGCAGUGGAACUAAUACUAAUGCCAACGGAACUACUACCACUGCCAACGGAACAUACUGUAAUCCAAAUAGCCCUCAGGAAAGUGUGAACUGGGAUGAAUUUGUGUUAUAUUGCAAUUGUUCUGAUGUAGACAUCAUUAUUCCUGAUAUCAAACCAGUUCUAUGCGAAGAGAUGGUUCCACAAGAAGGUUUUGAAUGUGAAUGCUUUGUUCCACCAGAUAAUGAAACCCAGCACAUUCUAGACAACUGGGACUAUAAUUUAACAGUAAUUGAUGAGGCAGUCACACCACUUGGUGACGAAUUUGUGAUUGUUGAACCAGAAUUAGAGAUAACGUUUGUGCGUAUUGUGCCAGAUCCAAGUGACAUUGUGGAUAGUUUGGACUUUGUAAAGUUCUUCUAUAAGAUCCAACACACUGACGCUUCCAACUCUCCAGCAUAUAACUUGAGUCUUUAUCUUGGUGCAGUUAAUUUCACCAUUUCAAAUGGAAGUGGAGAGGUCCUGCCAGCUGAUAUUAUAUCAAGUCCUUCAUGCUUGGAUCCAACACUUUGUGAAAUAACUUAUGACAAUGACAUUGGGUUCUUCCAUUUAGGAUUCCUACCAGUCAAUGUUGAAGGUGCUUCCUUUCAGGGCACAUUCUCUUUAGCUCUCCGGGAUGAUGUUGAUUUUAUUGCUAACAGUAUUAUCACUGGAAGGGGAAAUCUUUGGUAUGACAGCUGUGUAGUAGACUUUGCUGGUCGUCUCUACGGGCCAAUCAACUCCUCUGAUAUCUGCCACAUUAAUGUACCAAACAUCACUGCCAAGCUAGAGUUCACUACUGCCUAUGCUUACAUGUACAAUAAUGAUGAAUAUGAUGACCUGCCAAACACUUUCUCUAUUGGUGAUUUUAUAGAUAUACGUUCCUAUCUCUGGAUACCAGAAAUAACGUUGAACAUUGCCAAUUACAGUAUCAUUGGUGACACUAUUUUUUCAAUCAGGCCAUCUUUGACAUUUAUGGUGCUGACAGAAAGUAUCUAUGUCAGAAAUGACACUGCCACAAUCUUUCUGGACCGACGUCAGAACCCAGACGACAAUGACUUUCAUAUUCUUUAUCCAAACGAGCAGUAUGAUACAGCUGAAUUUACAGAGAAAGGAAUUGUGUUGGUGCCAGGUGUUAUUGUAAACCAGGCAGACAACAUCCCGAAUGAUGAUGAUUAUCUCAGGUUGCAGUAUCAACUAAGUUUGAAGGAUGAUCCUGCCUGGAAGCAAGGCAUGUCUGUGCCGUUCACAGCCUCGGCCACGUACUACAGUGACUAUAGUGGUGAAUUGGUGACCUUAGCUGACACGAGUGUAGAGCUCACUUUGGUAGAGCCUAGAUUGAACCUCAGGGUUGAGGUGCUUGAUUACGAGUGGCAGAAAGGACAAGUGCGUAAUACAACAGGCUACACAUGUGAAGAGAACACGUGCUGUGCUAGUGAGGAAUGUGACCCAGGACGAGUAUGUGUAACAGAUACAGCUGACAUCCACAACUGUGAAAGUCUUAAAUGUGUGUGUUACUCAGGAUUUGCACUUAAUGAAGAGUCGACCUGUACUGCUAUUGGCCGUACUGCUGGAGAUAUCUUGGUGUUUGGAUUAACAGUGUACCACACUCCAGAUUUCUCUGGUAAUGCGUUUGACCUGUAUAUAACCCUACACAGUGACCUAGAGUCAGAUCUUCUCUCAGGUUCAGACACAAUGAGUCACACUGCCACCGAUGGUUACCUUGGUAAUGUGAGACGACCACGAUUGACGCAGAUAACCGAGAAGGAAUUUCAGAUCUACAUUCAUCGUUUUGAUCAUGUGGUGCAGUGUGAACGUUUCACAGUACCUUACCGGAUCAAACCUUCCUUACAUGUUUAUGCUGGACAGAAAUGGGAAGCAGAGGCUUCAAUGAACUACCGUUCUUCUAAACCAUACGACACUCCAAUGAAUUUGAAAUCAAGGUUUUAUGAGAUGAACGAAACAAUAAAGUUUCCGCUGUUUGCUCCCGCACCGAGUGUCCGUUUCAAAAUGAUGCAACCAAGCGGCCAGUCAAGUCCAAUAAACUUUGAGGUCUUUUCUUCCUCCACUCCAGAACAUGAAGUUGUUGUCAAUGUCCGAGAAGAGAAAACAAUAGUCUUUCAACUUGAAGUAGUUGUACCCAAAAUUGAAUGCAGUUUAUCAAUAAUGUUAGCUCUACCAGAAGGAAACGGGAUUUUGUUAGGAGAUGUUACCUUGGUGUCGAUAGGUACAGGAAUUGAUUUUCCGUAUUCCCAACUUUCACGGGCACAAGCAACAGAGGACAUCAGUGGACACAAAUACUUCUAUGCUUACUUUCCUAAUGUACAUAGUAGAGCUAACACACUAACUACUUCUAGGUCAUUGGAUUCAAAUAAACAAAAGAUGUUCAAAACAAUGAGAGGGGAACAGCAACCUUAUCCAACAAUCCCAGAAUGCAGUUCUCUCAAUUCCACCUUAUAUGAGCACUUGCUUCUUCUUGGAUGUUACCAUAGCAAGAUACAUUAUUUUGGUGGUGUUGUGACUGAAAAUUACCCUACUAACUACAAUUUCACAAAAGUGAUGACGAGGGAUCUAUGCAUCUCAUUUUGCAGUGAUAGAGGAUACCUCUACUCGGGCACAAUGAUUGGCAAAGAAUGCUACUGUGGAACGCAAGAACAGUUUUUAUCAUAUCAAGAAAAUGGGGACAAAUUUGAAUUUAAUGGAACAAUGCAGGAUGUGACAAUUGACAACUGUGACAUCUACUGCUCAGGUGAAAACAACACAUGUGGUGGUAACAAGUUUAUUCAAAUUUAUGGCCCGGUUCCUGGAGCUUUUCCUGAGCAACAGUGCAACUGGUAUUCUGGUUUGUUUGAUAAAAAUGAGGAUGUGUUUACACUCGAGUUUAACUUUACUACUGAUGCUUUGGCUACCAAGGGCAUAGAAGAAUGGAUAAAUUUGCAAGUGAUGUAUGAUCAUGGCGAGAACAAAAGAUCAACCCUCCUUCCAUUAGCCCCAUAUAAAAUUGAGGCAGGAGUUGUUGAAUUAUUGAUGAAUGUCUGGGUAUCGCCAAAGAUGAGUGGCUACGUACCAGGAGACUACUUUGAGUACUACACUGUAAUUCGUCAUGCUGCUCACUCAACCGUGACCGCAAGGGAUGUCUACAUACUCUGGAUGUUUCCAAGUUACAUUGAGUAUGUGAACGUCACCAACCACCCAUCAGUUUCAUACAAAUAUAGACAAAUUCAGAGUGUUGAAAAUGUGGAAACAGACCCAAGAAUUGGAAUCAAGUUUUAUGUAAAAACAUUGUUUCAUACUGAUGUGAUUGGCUUCCACUUUCUGAUAAGGCUGGAUCCUUCACACACCCUCCCCCAGGGCGAGUAUCACAUGAUGACGAUGACUCAGGUGUAUUAUAAUUCCUGGGGGCUGUACAACAAAUUUGAGGAGGACUAUACAUUUGAUGUUGUACCGCAUACUCAUCCUGUUGUACCAAUCAAAAUUACAUUUGAAGUUCCCUCAAAGUACACCGGACGAACUGAACUGGAUGAUAUUAAAUUGUCAACCUACAAUGUUUUGUAUGACGAGUCCAACAACAUUUUGUAUGCUUGUUUUUUCAACAAUACGAUCAAUGUAUAUGAGGGUGGCUGUUUCAUGACUGGAGACCUUCCAGCCUACACCACAGAAACACCCCAUACUUGUGAGGAAUAUUGUAAUUGCACCUAUUUAAAAGAGCAAUUAUCUUAUGAUAAUUGUUCCCACUAUGAACCGCGCCCAGAUAAUUGUUCUUGUGGAUGUUUACCCAAUUGCAUUGAAGAGAUGAUGUUGUGUGAAGUGGAGUGCUUGAAUAAUACAUUGUCUGCUGUUGAACUUGGUUCUUGUGUUGCCGAUUGCAAGUUGUCUCAGACUAACUGUACACAAGAGUGCUGUCUAAACACCUGUGCAAGUGGUGUGGACACAUGUCUUUUAGAUAAUUGCAUUGAAUGUCAUUCUCCUGGAAACUGUUCCAUAGAAGUAAAAUGUGCAGAUCAGUGCAUGAAUAAGAAUGAUGUCUGCAGUCUUGACUGUCUUAAAGUCCCGGAAACAUGUCAGGAGAAUUGUUCAACUACUGCAUGGGAUUGCAUAAUGGAUUGUGACAAUCACCCAUGUACUGAGGAAGAUAAAGAGACUGACUGCACUUCAGUUUGCUAUGCAAAAUGUCUAACAGCGGAAUAUAAUUGUGAUGGUAAUUGCUGUUAUCAAGAAUGUCAGGUUAAUGCAUCCCUGUGCGAACAUCAGUGUACUUUGUAUUGUGCAAUGGAUAAUAGUUGCUUGGAGUUGUGCAUCUCAAGUUGCAAUAAAACUUUAUACAUGUGUAAUGAAACAUGUUCUGAGCUAGCUGAUGACGUCUACGGUUGUAAAAAUGACUGCUAUCAAAAUUGCUCAGUGACUGAAUGCACAGUCUUUUUGGAAACGGAUUGUAUACAAGAAGAUAUUUAUGACAUUGUAGCUGGGUUAUUAAAAAAUUACGGCUUAUUAGAUUUACAAAAGGACAAUAGAUCUGUCAUUCCUCCUGAAGAGGCUUCAUUAACAUUAUUGUCUGUAGAUUGCUCAGGUACCUCUUGUAGAACCGAUUUCAAGGUUGCCAACACAAGUAAUAAUUGCUCUGCUAUCGGUACAGAAAACUGCCACACAACACUGGAUACCCUUUGUGUUGCCAACUGUGAAGUUCUUUGCGAUGGAAAGUCCUCUUGCAUUGAUGAAUAUAAAAGUUGCGUUGAAAAAUGCAGCAAUCUGAACUCAAAUAGAGAACAUGAAAAAUUUAGAAACUCUUCACCUGAUUUCUGUGUCGAUGAUGCCAUAAAUUGUUUUUUGAUGAAGAGUGACUGUCAUUUGAGUUGUAAUUCAUCUUUGGGUACAAUUCCUUGUGUAAAUUGCAGUGUCAUUGAUUGUGCUAGUAACUACACUCAGUGUGUUUCAAAAGCCACAACUGUCCCCUCAGUCGAGAAUGGAACAUCAUUUGUAAGUAAUGCAUCUCAGACAUUAAAUUUAACUCAUGAGAAUUCCUGUUAUAUACAUUGUAAUCAAAUAUCGACCUGCCAACAAAAGUGUGAAGAGGAUAGUAACACAUACAUUUGUUAUAACAACUGCGUCAGUUUGCAUCAUGGGUGCAUAUUACAAUGUUUGAACUACACAAGUAGCGGAUGUCAAGCAGACAAUGUUAAUGGCAACGAUGUCCAUGACACUAGUGUAUGGAAUGACAAACAAAGCUGUCAAAGACAAUGUGAAGAAAGCUUAGAAAUAUGCAAACAUCUGUUUUCACACAUGAUGAAUAAUACUGUUUCCAAUGCCUCAUCUGAUGAACAUUCUCUUACCAUUAAUUGCACAAGUUACAUGGAGUGCAUUGACUUCUGUGACAGUCUUUGUGCCAACAGAAGUAAUUGCAGUUUGUUUUCUUGUAGUGAAAAGUGCAUCGUUGAUGCAACACACAACAUGUGUCAGUCCAAUAUAAACUGCACACUCUUGUCUAUAUGUUUGGAACAUACACGGCAACGACGGAGUGUUGAUAUUUUUAAAGGAGCUAUAGUUUUGGGUAGUUCCUUUAAGGAAUCUGGCAGAAAACGUAUGGGAAAAUUGAACCACGAUUUUCUGACUGAAAGUAGAAAAAGAAGGAAUGUCUUUAUAGAAAAAAGAAAUUUAAUUAUAAAAAGGUUCCUGAAUACAUCUAGUAAUGACAUUAAUAGUGGCGGAGUUAUUGAGUAUGGAAGUGGAGGAAAAAAUAUUGGCUCGGUCGUUCGGAGACACAUUUACAGGAUUAGACGGAGUUUAGAAGAUGGUCAGAUGAAUGUCAUUCACUUUAACAUUAGUGGAUAUUAUGGAAAUCACAGCUCUCAUUUACAAUCAAAAUGUGACAUCAGGCAUCAGUACGUAAAUUAUAUCACUUGCUUGGAUAACUGCACAAUUUAUUCUAAUUGCUCGAUGAAGAAUUGCAGCAAAAGUACUUUCAAUCAAGUACAGUUUUCGUAUGUUGAAAACCGUUACCAGAAUGCUUCUUUGACAUUCACCUGCGAUAAGUGUCAUAAAUUACGACCACCAGCUCAUGAGAAUUGCUACGAACUUUGUCAGUACACAGACGAUUUUUGUACAAACUGUACAGAUUUCAGUUGUUCUGAUGCAUACAAAAGUGUAUGUAACAAAACUCUGUCAGAGUGUAUGGCGAUGUGUGAUGCAACCGCUCUGCAAGGGUGCAACUGGUGCAAUUCUCUCGCUUGUCCAGACGAUGCCACCUGCUUUUGUGAGAGAGUGUGUUUAUGGGUUGAGUUUGUGGACAAAAAUAACAGUGAUUGUAGCGGAGAAAUCAAUUUAUGUACACCACCAGUUAAGUCUCAAGAAAUGUGUGUCUACAAUUGCCAGUGUAAACUAACAGAAUACAAUUACCGCCAUUGGAGAGGUUUGGACUCCAGUGUUGGAAAUAUCCUUGGCGUUCUGAAAGAACCAUAUACACUGUAUGGUCUCUCCCAUGAUGGAAGAGCAGUCAUUCAGAGCUUUGACUAUGGUUCUUCUUGGACAGCCAUUCUUAAUAGUGUAUGGCAUGAGGCCAAAGAAAAAGAGUUGUAUGUUGAGGCUACCAACUUAGACAGAAUAGAAAUUUCGUCUUUGGAGCCAGUUGGUAGACUCAUUUUUCGGUCCAAUUCUACAAACAAUACCUUCGGUGUGUCAGGCGUUGGUGUUCAUUUCUUACGGAAUCUCUAUAAAUGGAAAAUAUUAGGAACGUGGAGAUGCUGUCACCCAUGAUGUGAAUUAUUAAUGCAAUUUCUGAUGUCAUCAAUUUAACACGCGUCUCUUUGAAUCACUCAGUUUAUGUGAUAAUUAAUUUUGUGGAUAUUGUAGAUCAAUGGCAUGCUUUGUUAUCAGUUCAAUUCCUGGUUUAUUAGAAAUGACACGCCGUUUACGUAUACGUCUUUCAACCUUUCAAAUGACUUACAAAUUGAUCAGUGUAAUGUUUCAUGUAACGGCAAGUAAUAUAGCACAUUAUCCAUUAAUAUAGUUACAUAACCAACCAACUUCCGACAAUGUUUAAAAUAGGCCUAUACAAAACAGUACCAGUAUUCGUAACAAAACACAAUACUGUAUACUUUUUGAAAACAUCAAUACAAUACGGAAUGAUAUUAAAAUAGUGUUUACAUUAAAAAAAAAUUGAGUUUUGCGAUUCGAUAAGGUUUUGGCAAUCAAAUUUCGAUCAGAUUACUAAAAAUACAUUGUGCAUUAUUUCAAGCAUUUACACUAAAACGGAUAGGUGUAGGCUACAGUGUUGUUUUGACUGCUUCACCAUAUGUAGUUUUUAGAUGUUUCACAUUUAAUUAAUCAAAGUUUUUUAUCAUAUGUAUAAUAAAAUUAUGUCAUUGAUUUAUCCUAAGCAUACUAAUUUCAUUUACAUUUAUACAGAUGCUUUUUAACAUAAUUAUGUAAUGCUAUACCAUUUAUUGGUAACCAGUUUAACGAAGUUUGAUGUUUUACAUAUUAAAUUUCCAGGUUUUUACCAAAAUCGCCUCAAUAAAUGUCGA